UUUUAUAGAAAUAGAUUGAAUUAGUAAGACUGAAUUCUGUGUACAACUUGUUGAUGACAUGAACAGUUUGGAAAGUAGAUUCGAAUCAUCCACCCUCACCAAUGUCAACGUUUCUUCCACUUCUACUCUUCAAUCAAAUACCAUGUCUGGAGUCGACAGCAAUCCAAACAGUACAGCUGCUUCACGCAUGGAAACUAACAAGUAUCUGCUCAUUGAACCUGACAAGGAACUGCAGUUUCGUCGUCCCUUCACCAAUGUUAUCAAACAGGUCUUGGUCAUCACCAACAGUCAUCCAACAGCUGCCAUGGCUUUUAAAGUUCGUACUACCACUCCAAAGCAAUACUGUGUUAGACCCAACUCUGGAAGGUUACUUCCUGGUGCUAGCAGUGAAGUGAGUGUGUUACUACAGGCCAUGAGAACAGAUCCACCUCUGAAUUACAGAUGUCGAGACAAGUUUCUAGUAUUGGCCAUUGUGAUCAAUGACGAUGUGAUGGCUUUGGAAGGCGAUGCUCUGCAACAGAGUUUACUUGCCUUAUGGGCUGAUGCUGACAGAGCAAAGGCUGCUGUUCAUAGUGGUUCUGCUGAUGUAGACACUGUCGCAAUGGUUGAUAAUCUUAUAUAUGAACGCAAGCUACGCUGUACAUUCUUGCCUGCACUCGAUGCUUCAGUUGGUACGGAUGCAUCACCACCCUUGCCAUUACCCUCAAAGACUGUUCAGUCUGGACUGUCUUCUGCUCCUGUCUCCGACUUUCACGAUGCUCAUGAGCAAACUCCAUUGCGUGGUACUGUCAAACCCACUGCUUCAGUACAUUCAACUACCGAUCAAGAGCUUGUAGAUGCUCGUGAAAAGAUUCGAUCCUUACAGUCUGCAUGUGAGGCAUACAAGAUCGAGAUUGAACGACUCUCUCAGGUUCGAUUACGUCGCGCUGAGGCUUCUGGCUCUGGUCUUUCCAACGAACCUUCUGCUAUACGUGGUCAAACUAGCAUGAAAGCAAAGAACGACACACUUUCGCUCACAUUUAUCAUCAUUGCUGUCUUGGUCGCAUUUUUGGCUGGUGUAUACCUCUUUUGAUAGAAUGUUCCACGCUCAUCUGUUGCAUUUCCAACUGUAGAUUCGUCUUUGAUCUCACAUCACUUGCGAGCUUCUCUUCUCAAUUCACUCACCACCCUUUAUCCAAAUCUUGCCAUUUUCUUUGAUACAAGAAAUAUAUUCGGCUCUUUCCAAAACUU